GAAAAAAUGAGAUACAAACGAGCGAUUCAAAGGUCUUUCUCCGGCGAAAAUGGCAGUAGCGGAAGAUUCAAAGAUUUCAACGGCGAAUCCGUUCGAUGCGGUCGUUCUGGGCGGUACGUUUGAUCGAUUGCACGACGGGCAUCGGACUUUCCUCAAGGCGGCGGUGGAACUGACCAAGGAACGAUUAGUGGUUGGAGUAUGUGAUGGCCCUAUGUUGACGAGCAAGCAAUUCUCAGAGAGGAUACAACCAAUUGAAGAAAGGAUGCGUAAUGUGGAGAACUAUGUCAAGUCUAUCAAACCUGAGCUGGUUGUACAAACCGAGCCCAUUACUGAUCCAUAUGGUCCUUCUAUUGUCGAUGAAUCGUUGGAAGCUAUUGUUGUCAGCAAAGAGACAUUACCUGGUGGCUUGUCAGUUAACAGAAAGAGAGCAGAAAGAGGUCUUUCUCAACUCAAGAUCGAGAUUGUGGAAAUAGUUUCUGAUGGAUCAAGUGGGAAUAAGAUAAGUUCGACUACUCUGAGGAAGUUAGAGGCUGAGACACAGAAACAACAUGCUGAACAAGAAACAUCAUGAACUUGGAACUUGUAAAGAUCAACUUUGUUUGUAACUUUUGAAUAUAUUUGUUUGUAUAUUGACUGAAAAUGUUCGAUUAAUUGCUUCUCGUUGAAAUAGUUCUGAUUUCUUGUUUGGUGAA